AUGGGCGCAGUCGAGCGGAAACCGCGCGGCGCCAUCGACAGCGGAAGAUGCGGUGCAGGCGGAACUCGCGGCGACGCCGGGACUGCUGGAGCCGAUGCGCAUCGAGCUGAUACCCGAGGGCUGGUGGAACCAAUGCGCGUCGAGCUGAUACCCGAGGAGGGGAAAGUGGACAGCUACCGCAUAGCAGCGGGCAUGAAAUCCCGGCACCCCCCAGGCGUGAUCUACGGGCUCCUGCGCGACUUCAAGCGCGGCCCCGCCAUCUUCCGCCACAUGGACAAGUGCUCCUCCGUGCCGCAGCCCGACGGAAGCUUACUCGUCGUGCAGAACGUCAAGUGGCGGUUCCAGCUGUUCUCGGGGAAAUUCGACCUGGCGCUCUAUUGCCACUGCGACGACGCGACGCGCACUAUCACGUACCGACUGGCAUCUCCUGGAUUCAUGAAAGAUUUUGUCGGCACAUCAACCAUCCGCAGCCUUUCCCUCCCUCACGCCCCACCAUCCUCCUCCUCCUCCCUGCCUCUCACCGUUCCCGGCACACGCGCUAUCAGCCGCCCCCAGCCUCUGCUACAGCCAGAGCUACAGCCCCAUGCACCUCAGCCUAAGUCCUUGCAUCCGGCGCUACAGAUGAAGCCGCUACAGCCGCGCCUCCCGCUACAGCAGCGGCUGCUACAGCUUCAGCAGGCGAUUCCCCUCGGCCGCUUCCCUGCUCAGCUGCUGGCGUUCGGCCGAGUGGCUGUGGGCGAGCCUCGGAUCGAAGGCGAGGGGGUAGGAGGGGGGAUUAUGGGUGGAUGGCCAAGGAUGGGUGAUGGAGCUGCUGGUGCUGUGCCCAUGGUUGCGGCAGCAGGAGCAGUAGGAGCACCAGUAGCAGCAGGAGCAGGAACAGGAGGAGCAGUAGGGAGCAUGGGAGGAGGAGCUAAAAUAGGAGGGGUCGUUCAGUGGAAGGGUGGCGUGUCUGCAGGUGGUGCUUCGGAGCUGGUGAAAUGUGGACCGUCGGAUUGUGGGUCGGAGAUCGAGAUCGUCCAGAGGGUCGAACCAUCCAACUUGCCGCUUGGUCCUUUGAGUGAGUGCCCUGCCUCCCCUGCCUGCCCCCAAGUGUGCGUGCGUGCCCCAUUGCUUCUACCUAUGCUCGCUCCACUCCUCAUGUGGUUGUUGCACUGCGCCCCAGCAUUCAUGUGCUUCUGCCGGACACCUCCUCCCCCGCCUCCCCCCACGUCCGAUCCCCCGUUGCCCCCUCCCCCGCCCUUCCCACCCGCGCAUUCCGCGCUUCCGCCUCCCCCGCCUCCCCCAUCCGGCUCGGGGACUCUCGCACUUCCGCCACCCCCUUCCGGCCCGCAUCCUCCGUCGGCGGAGAAGGGCCGGCAUGCAGGGGGGGAUGGGCGGAGAGACAAGCGCGGAGCUGGCGGGGAUGGGGGAGACGGCGGGCGGAGAGACAGGCACCAGCAUAGUCACCACUCGCAACAGUCACAGCAUCACCAGCAGAAGCCGUCACAACCAGGAUCACAGCCGCACAGUCAGCAGCACCAGCUGCAACAGCACCAACACCAACAGCAGCAUCACCAGCAGCAGCAGCAGCAGCAGCAGCAGCAGCAGCAGCAGCAGCAGGGGGAGAAGCACAGGCACUCCGCGCAUGCGCAGGCUGUGGGGAAGAGCAGCCACGCGGGCGGGGGGGUUGGGGGAAGCGGGGCGCUGGUCCCCGCGCGGGGUAGGGACGCGUCCGCGGGAGCAGCUGUUGGGGGAAGCGGCGCAGCAGGCGCAGCAGCAGGGGGGGCUAAGGACGAGAACCGGUUGAAACGGCCGUCGACGUUCCUGUGUAGAGUUCACCAACAGCCUACCAGAGCCAGCAUCACUCACAGCCGAAGCCGCUGCCUCUCGGGGGGGACCCCCACCGAUACUCCGCCUCACACUCUCUAUCUCCCCCACUACCUUCCCCAACUCACCCCCCUCCUCCUUCCCUUCCUCAGGUUCACUAAUACCCUGCCCGAGCCAGCAUCACAGCCGAAGCUGCUGCCUCUGGGGGGGGACCCACACCGCUACUCGGCCUACCACGUGUCGACUCUAGAGGCGGACCACCGGCAUCGCCUGCACGUGGAGCCGGAUUUAGGGAUCCCAUUGGACCUGCUCGACCUAUCCGCCUACUGCGCCCCGCCCCCCUCUCAGCGCCCACCACUCCACCCGGCAGACGCGGAACUCCUGAGGGACGAUGAUGCGAGUGUGAAGCACAGGGAGGGCGCGGGGGCAGCAGCAGGGGGGGCGGGUGCGUUGCGAGUGAAGGAGAGACCUACUGAUGCUGGGCUGAGCUGGCUCGUGCACACUCAGUACAUCUCCGCUGCUGGCUCUGGCAGUGCUCCCAAGAAGAGGGUGCUUAAUGAGAAGGAGGCGAAGCUGCUGGCGCUGCAGCUGGAGUUGGCAGAUGAGCAGAUGUACAGUACAAGGGAGGGGCAGAUCCGGUACAUCGAGGAAUCUUUUCAGGCUGCCCGGAAGCCGCCCGUGCACCCGUCAAACCCGAGCCUGGAGGCAGUGGAGGUGUUGCCGGUGCUGCCGCUGUUCUCCCUGGCGGGCCGCCAGUUUGUGCACCUCGUGUUUGACGACACGCCUCUUGCGGAUUCGCCUGCACACAUGCAUCUGAAGGAGGAGCAGAAGAAGGAAAUGGAGGCCAGGGCGAUCAUGAAGAAUUUCAAGGUGGCAGCACCGGGGGGAGGGGAGCCACAGUCGUUUGUGGCCUACAUGGUUCCCAACAAGCGCGAGCUGGGGAGGAAGCUGAGGGAAGGGGAGAGUGCUCGGUAUGACUGGGUGCGAGAAUACCACUGGAAGGUGGCCAAGGGGGAGCAAGGUCGAGGAACCUUCCUCUUCUGUUUCAACAAGGACAGUGUGAAUUACCUCCCAAUCAACACGAAGCUCACAGUGGCAAAGAGAAAGGCCAAGGAGGGAGGCAAGGCGAAGGGCGAGGAGGGAGAGAGAGUGGAGUUGCCCGUUCCCUCCAAGAUCACAGUACGGAACCGAUCAGGGGAAGACGCAGAGGAGGAUGAUGAGAGAUGCUUUUUGAGAAUUCUCUUAAGUGUCUUGCACGUAUGUUCCCUUCUCUGCACACUUGCUGCUCCCUCCCUUCCACCAGAUCACAAUAUGAGAAUCGGCAGAGUUGGUGGACAGGGGGAGAGGGGUGGUGGUGGAAGGGCGGAUGGAAGUGAAAAUGAGGGAGAUGGGCACAAAACGCAGCGGGAGCACAGCACAGGGCAGACAGUGGCAGUAGUGGUGGUGGCAGUGGUGGCGGAAGGGGUGGGAGGGGUGAUGGUGGGGAUGGGAUGGGGGCAACAGUGA